AAAAGCUAUGGUCCUUUAAUAUUACACCAUAUGGAGAGCUUAUUGUGUGCUGUUGGCUAUUGGCUGGCCUCCAUUGCGUCAUUUACCCAAUCAGAUUCGUCGAUGUUUCAGUGUCCUACGUAGGGAGGCGUGUGUGACAUUUGCUGCUAGAAGCUAGUAGCAGGAUAAAAGAUGAAUUGAGGAAGGAAACGGGUAUAUAUAUUUUCUUUUAGUAAGUAAGGUGACUUUUAGAGUAAACUUUAAUGUCGUUUUCACAUUAGAAAGGAAGUUUAUGACAAAUUUAGAGUUGAACGAAACUUAUAGUUUGGCCCAACACGUUUUAUUGUUGGCUAAGGGUUUUUUUUCUUCUUAACUUGUACAGUAAGUGUACGGAGUUCGGGCUGAGGUCGUCUUCUUGAAUGUUCUGAGAUGCUGAUACUUAUAGCGAUAACUUGAGCGACUUUCGUUUUUAUGAAUUGCAGUAUGGCUCUAUGUUAGCGCUUAAACUGACUUUGCAAACUGCGUUUUGCACACAAGGUUAAAUUUAGCUUUAGCUAACUAGCUCCUCACUCCUUUUCUCUGCAGCUUUCUCACUUUCUUAUGCUGACCUCUCGGAGCAGGUGGGCUGAAAGUAGGCCAGGUGUGCCGUGGGAAAGAUAGGGUGCAGUGUAACUCAAUCACGGUGUGGUAUACUAGGUCCAGGAGUUGACUUCAGGGAUUCGUAAGAGGACCCAGUGGUGGAAACAUGCUGCUCUCUUUGGUUGUGCACACAUACUCGCUGCGAUACUGGUUUCCAGCCACGAUCAUGCUGGGAACUGCCCCAGCUUAUUUGUUGUCAUGGGGCGCUUGGCGCUUACUUUCAACUGUCUUACCAGCAAGUUUGUAUCAUAAGUUGGACGACCGACUGUACUGCAUAUACCAGAGUAUGGUUCUGUUCUUCUUUGAAAACUACACAGGAGUUGAGAUUGUUAUAAAUGGCGAUAUACCAAAGAACAAAGAGAACGUAAUCUACCUGUCAAACCACCAGUGUACAGUCGACUGGAUCAUUGCUGACAUGCUUGCCACCAGGCAGAGCGCUCUUGGACAUGUCCGAUAUGUACUAAAAGAUGGACUCAAAUGGCUCCCGCUUUACGGAUGGUAUUUCUCUCAGCAUGGGGGUAUCUAUGUUAAACGAAGUGCAAAGUUCAAUGAAAAAGCCAUGAGUAAGAAGCUCCUCAGUCAAACUAUACACGGAACACCAAUGUACCUUGUCAUCUUCCCUGAAGGAACUCGGUAUAAUCCUGAGCUCAAGAACGUUAUCGCUGACAGUCAGGCUUUUGCUACAAAAGAAGGACUGGCUGUUCUGAAACACACACUUACACCCAGGAUGAAGGCAACUCAUAUAGCUAUCGAGAGCAUGAGGGGCCACCUAGAUGCUGUGUAUGACAUCACAGUGGCCUAUGAGGGAACGCUGGAUCGCUCCGGUCAGAGAAGAACUGCACCAUCAAUGCCAGAAUUCCUCUGUAAAGAAUGUCCUCGCGUCCACAUACACUUCGACCGCGUGGAUGUAAAGGAAAUCCCUUCAGAGCCAGUGUUUUUCCGCAGGUGGCUGCAUGAUCGGUUCGAAAUCAAAGACCGAUUGCUGACAGAUUUCUACGAGUCGCAGGAUUCGGACAAAUUGGGCAGGUUCCCUGGAGAGGGCAAACCUUCUCCACUAAACCUCUCCAAGACCCUCCCUUCUGUGAUGAUCCUCGGGGGACUGACACUGCCAUUACUGCUGACUGAGAAUGGCAGGAAACUGUAUGUGAGAACCUGGGUGUGCGGGACACUGCUGGGCUGGCUGUGGGUGAACGUUUCCCCGUAACAAACAGCACCGUGGUUGCCACGAUUAGAUGCACAGAACACUGGGAGAAAGGUGCCAUUUUCUUGUAUCACAGCAACACAAGGUGUGUUUCAUAUGAAGAGCAGAACCUAAUAAGACCCUCAGAGUUAGACCGGAGAUACUGAAAAAUGUCUUAUUUCCCCUCAUGUUGUCUGGAAUCAUAAGAAAACAUGAGUGAGUUCGUUACAGUGUUAAAUU